AGUAUUUUAUAUCAUAUGAUUCAGGGAAUAAUAUACUGAUGCGAAAGACUUGUGCGAAAUGACCAGUGAAGAAAGGAAAGCGAUGGCCGCCCAUGAACACAACAAAGAAGAUAAGCAAUGUUGCCCGAAUGUGAAUCGGAAACUCUUAAUUCCGAAAGCGUUUUACUUCUUUUUCUUUUCUGCUUGGGGAUCUCUUCUUCCGUACUUAGCUUUGUAUUUUAAACAGCUGAUGCUUUCACCGAGCGAAGUAGGAAUCCUUAUGGGCCUUAAGCCGUUUGUGAACUUUCUUGUUAUCCCAAUAUGGGGCGCCAUAGUGGAUAAAUGUCAAAAGAGCAAAGUGGUUAUGGUUAUUUCUAUCAUCGCCUUGAUUACGUCCACUUUCACUCUAAGUUUGGUUCCUGGACCGAAAAAGAACAAAGUGGUGGUUAAACGGUUUUGUAAUAUGACUGCUCCGAAAUAUUCUAGCCUGAUUGACAUACACAGACCCGUUAUUGAUAGCCCAAACUUGGAGUUCCCCGAACCAGGAAUUGACAAGAUGGUGGAUCUGGGCAGAGGCCAAGAACACUACAUGCCUUUCUUUUACAAAGGCCCCAAACCUUGGGCUCUGGAACUUUUCAUCAACUUAGACGAAAAGACCACUGUUAGGGUAGAAUUGGAUACAACACAGUGUUUUAUGACAUUAUUUUUGAUAACGUUUUUCGGUACUUUAAUAUCUGCACCAACAUUGGCUUUGGUGGACACAGCCACACUACAGCUUCUUGGCUCGGAGACCUACAAGUACGGCAUGCAAAGACUCACGGGAUCAAUUGGUUGGGGUGUCGGUGCUUUCGUCGUCGGCGCUUCCCUUAAAACAACUCACCAUUGUGGCAAAGAUAAAGACUACGAGAUCGUAGAUUACGUUCCUUGUUUUUACACUUUCGCUGGUUUGAUGUUUCUGGGCUUGAUAACGGCCACACAGUUUAAAUUUGAGGAGAAAUCAAAGAAGUCAAAGGGAGCAAGUCUUAGUGUUGGGCUGCAAGCUUUGAAAAGCCCAACGUAUCUCAUGUUUCUCUUCACAGCGUUAUAUCUAGGCUUUUUGAUGGCAUUUAUAAAAACAUUCCUUUUCUGGCAUCUCAAGGAUCUAGGUGGAAGUCAGCUACUUUUUAGUAUCAUUUCCGCAGUUAACUGUUUCGCGGAAGUCAGUAUGUACUUUCUUUCCGCCAAACUAAUCAAACGAAUUGGUCAUGCAAAAGUUUUAUACCUUGGACUCAUCUGUUACUCAAUUAGAUUGUUCUAUUACUCAGCCAUUCCAAUCCCGUGGAUGGUCCUGGCUGUCGAGUUACUUCCCGGUAUAACAACAGCUGCAGUAUGGGCUGCCUGCCUCUCUUACGUCAGCAUUAACUCGGGACCUGGCGCUGCCACAACAAUGCAGUGUAUUUUGCAUGGAGUGCACUGGGGCCUUGGUUACGGUGCAGGGGAGGUGAUUGGAGGCAUAAUGGUGCAUCACUACGGUGCACCAACGACAUUCGUCAUUUUCGGUAUUUUAUGCUUAGUUAUCUUAGGCGCAUAUAUUUUAAUUAACUACUUCUGCGGGUCCAGAGAUGGGAAAGAAGGCUGCAGUGCAGACUCUGAAUACUCAGAAAUAAGUGACGAUGAAAGUAAAAGAUAUACAGUACACAGCAUAAGGACAGUUAUGGCGGAGAAAAUCCCAGAGGAAACUGAAAAUGGUCACCGUGACAUAGCAGAAAGCGAGAAAAAGAAGGAAGGCUGUUGUGGCAUCAAUAAGGUCUACUUGGUGUCCAAAGGAUUCUAUUUCUUCUUCUUCUCUGCCCAAGGAUCACUUUUGCCUUAUUUGGCUUUAUUUUUUAAACAACUCGAGCUGCCCGCACGUCAAAUUGGAGCUAUUACGGGGAUUAAACCUUACAUCGCUUUCUUCUUCAUUCCAUUUUGGGGGUGCGUCGCUGAUAGAUUCAAGAAAGGGAAGAUAAUGUUUGUUAUCUCUAUGAUCGCUGUCGUAACAGGCAUGGUCGCCUAUGCUCUUGUUCCCAUCAGUAUCUGUGAAACAGAGCCAACAGAAGCUCAUAAUAAGCGAGCCCUCUCAAAGGAUUCCAACAGAGGCACAUAUUCAUAUAAACGUCACAAACGCUCUACGUGGUACACAUCAUUACAAUUUCCAAUUACCAAUUCAACAAUCAACAUAAAUACACAGUCAAGAGUCGUUGAUAAAGUUGAGCCGAAAAAAUCAAAAUCAAAACGAGCAGCUCAUUUACUACGGAAGCACUCCCACAUAUCAGAUCUGAUACAAAAAUUAUCCCCGAUGGGGGUGAAUAAACGAAAGGUAGGAUUUAAUCAGCUAAGUGGCAGAGCAUCACGACAAAAACGGAACAAUCUUACGACCUCCUUGGACAGCGUUUCAGAAAUGGCGGACGAGUCUCUUGAUGAAACCCCCUGGUCUCAGUCAGAUAUGAUAGCCUUGCAAGACCAGAAAUCCAAGAAGACUCCCUCAAGAAAGAAUACAUUUGUCUUCUUAUAUCUUUUGUUAGCAACAAUUUUCACUACCAUAUUGUCGUGCCCUAGUCUUACAUUCGCGGACACAGCAACUGUGAACCUGUUGAAACAGAAUGAUGACACUCGUAAGUAUGGUAAGCAGCGAAUGUGGGGUUCCGUCGGUUACGGGUCCAUGGCAUUUCUAGUCGGUGCGGCGGUCAGCGGAACCCACCUAUGUCCUCCUGGCAGCGCAAGAAGAAAGGAUGUCAACUACUAUCCAUGCUUUGCCAUGUAUGUAGUGUUUAACAUCAUUGCUCUAGUUGUAGGAUCGAGAUUUGAAUUCAAUAAUAAUGGUAAACCAAACAACCAAGAACCUGGUGGCGAUCCUAAAACAACAGAAGAUGAUCCUCGUCAGAGCAAAGAGACGACUAAAAGUGGCAGCCGAGGUAUAAUAGCGGGACUCAUGCUACUGACACAACCAAGACAUGCUAUGUUUUUAAUCACCGCGUUCUAUGUUGGCAUUACUAUGGGUUUCAUCCGGGUAUUUCUAUUUUGGCACCUGAAAGACCUAGGUGGCACUCAGAUACUCUUCAGUAUCAUGACAGCAAUCAACUGCGUUGCUGAAGUGUCACUCUAUUUCCUUUCUACAAAGUUAAUUUCCUUUCUUGGAACCGUAAGAGUGCUCUACCUGGGGUUGACAUGCUAUGCCAUACGUUUGUUCUACUACGCAUUUGUUACCAAUCCUUGGACUGUUCUCCCAGUCGAACUGCUGUCUGGCAUUACCACUGCAGCUGUGUGGGCCGCCAUGAUGUCUUACGUGGGCACUCAUUCUGUAGAAGGGGCUUCUGUAACUUUGCAGGGUAUUUUGCAUGGCGUUCACUGGGGUCUCGGUCAUGGAUCAGGAGAACUCAUCGGCGGACUGCUUAUAAGCAGCUUUGGUGCUCCCACCGCGUUCUCCAUAUUUGGAUCACUGUGCCUCAUUUUGAUGGGCGUUUACAUUCUAGUUAAUAGCCUAACAAACAAAUCUGAGUGAAUUAUGCUUCAUUGAAACAGCAUCCCCAAAUGAACCUGACAUAUUCGGAAGUAAUUAACAAAUUAGAGACUCUCAGAAAAUGAGAUCAGCAUGAUAUGAGCCACCAUAAACUCAUGUACAACAUUUUCAGGCUUGAUUAGAAGUUGAUUUACGAUCCCGUCGAACGAACGUCAUUGACAGAAAUUUGGAAUCAAAGUUGAUGAAUUAUGGUCGUUAAUCGGUUUUUUUAAAAGGGCUUUGAGCAGUUCAGUCAAGACUUUGGUUCAAUUCCUACUUAAACGCAUCAAUAAAUGUUCUUGUAGCGAAAAUGAAAUUCUGUCGAUUAUCUAUUUCCAAGAGAUUUGCUUGUCGCGAUUUAAGGGAUUUCACAAUCAAAAACAUCUCUUACACAAAGUUUCCCCAACAGAUGAUAACCAAAAAAUAUUGAAGAAAAUUUAAUACCCUGUGUUUGUCCUUAUGAACUUGAAUGAACUUUGACUGAGGCAAUUGGUUCAAUGGCCCAAAGUAAAUCAUCAUCUAGCUUUCAACACUGCCAUCGCCUGGGCGUCCUGAAGCCAGUUAAUACGACAUGGAUUGUGGACUUUUUCAACUGUCUAACCAGUUUCUAUGGUAAACCUAACAAACACAAAGCGUGGGAGAAGGGCGUAAACGCCGAAUUAUGAAACGGAAACACCUAUCCCUCCUGUUUGCAGAACAAAACGAUGCUUUACAAGUUGUAAAAUCCUUGGGAUAGGUGCUUUCCGAGUGAAUAGCACGUGAAGUCGGGCAAACAACACCUGUACAUAGUACCACGAUGUAGUCACUAUUCAUGGCUAAAAUAUCAGACACAAAUUAUGUUCUUGAACACAAGAAAGUUUAACUGGAAAUUGACUCAAGCUCCACGUUUAAUAAAAACAUACAGUGUUUCGAAAUUCGCUUUAAGAAUCGAGGGCACCAAGAUGGAAUUUUGGAGAAAUGUAUCACUGAAUUUGAUUUGACUGGGAGAGGAAGGUCACCCAAGAACUUACAUGGGAUUGGGCUUGCGAUCGAUUUUAAACGGCGUUUACUCGUCUCACGGACAACCAAGUUCCGAAAUAUUGUGUAGUAGGGGCUCUUGCCAAAUCUUAAAGCUGUCUUUCGCUCAUCCCAUGCUUUUAAAAUUAGUCUAGUAAGCUCAUCCCAAGCUUUUAAAAUUGGUCUAGAAUAUGGCUUACUAGAUUGCUUAAUUAUCGCUAACGCGGAAUAAAACGACAAAAAUACGAAGCAGAAAGACGAUAGACACUUAAAGAUCUAAUGAGGUUAUAAGAAGCCAGUUCUCGA